UAUGCAUUUGCAGUCUAACUUGAUCAUCACAAUGUUUCAUCAAUCAAAUAAACUCGGUCUGGUUUUGCCUCUGAUAUACAUUUAUCUGACCCUGCUUGACCCUGUCGUCGCCAAAGGUCAGUACGUGGUCCCAUUAAACAUGGGGAUGAAAGUCUCCAUCCCGUACGACAUUGCCAACUUGUUUGGCCGGUUUCCAAUCCAGGGGGCUUUAUCCGUAGUGCUCGCCCUUGCCCUCAACGCCAUCCUCUUUUUUGGCGUAAUCACGGCUCCUUUCGGUUAUUUUUUUGGUAUCCCUUCAAAAAAGUAUGUGCUCGGAGAUGUUGAAGUUUCUGAAACAUCCUCCGCAGCAGCGUCUAAAAGAAUGGACUUCGUCGACGAAGGAGUAGAAUAUUUCGACUACAAGCCAAUAAAUAAUGAGCGAAAAGUAUAUCUAACUCCAUCACCUCGGAGCUCAAUAACAUUGAAUGAAGACAGGACCUUGUUUUAUUUUCUCGAGGACGUUGUAAAUUUGUUGGGCAAGCAAGAUAAUUUUUGGACUAAUUUUUCAAGUACUUGGCAAGAUGUUUCGCCCAGAGAAAACGCCAAGUCUUCUGAAUUUUUGGACAUAAUUUGGAAACUUUAUGUCGACUUGGUUAACAAACCUCAAUCCCCCAACUUACCAAACACAAUUUUGGAUGGAUGGUUCUCUUUUAUGCCUCAAUCCGGAAGUGUGAGGUCCAAGAGUUGCGACCUGUUGAGUGUGUGUUAUGCUCAUGGGGCGUUGAAACGACUGCCAAACUGGCUUAUUAAAAUCUACCAUGUUUUCAGUGGUAAAAUGGCACAUAUGCCGUCUGAAUUUAAAGAUGCAAUCCUCCAAGGAAUGAAAGAUGAGGGACAAUGUGUCCCUAAUUAUUCCAACUCUUGUGCAGAAUCACCUUUCACCAUUGUCCUCAAAUCGGUCCUCAACUUUCUCCCGAUGGACAAUUACUUUAAUAAUUUGAAAAAGCGGAAACAAGCCAUGUACAUGUAGACAAUAUACGCAUGAGGAAAUUUUAUUAUUAUUUUGCAGACAAAGUAUGUACGUCAACACCUUACAUUAAAUGUAAUUAUUUAAAAUUAUAAAUUAGUUAAAAAAAAUUAAGCACACAUUAACUGAUUAUCCACGAAAUAUUACAAUAUUGCAACAAAAACAGAAUUACGUUCAUAGUUAAAAAUAUUAGCAUUUUAUAUUGGCACAAAAUAAUUUCGA